AUGUCUGUAGUUCCAUUUGGUUAUCAACGUGAAAGCACGCUUAUUUCAAGCACAGGAGAUGCGGCAUUGGCCUAUAGUCGAAAAGAGACAACAAAGAUCGGUGACAUACGAGCAACGGGUAUUACAGUUACCGUACCAGAGAAUUACGCAGGAAAGUACAAUUUUGCAGUGGAACAAUACAAUAAUUUACCGGUAGAGGAAAAGACAAUGAUGCGUGGUGGACGUUUUUUGCUACGUCGCUAUAUUCUUAUCGCUUUCUGGCUUCUAUCGAUGAUUUUCGGUGGUGUUAGUGCUGCUGUAAAGCCACUGAAUGAUUCAAUAUUACAUCCUAAAUUGAUGGUACUUUAUAAUGAUCUUGGUAGUAAUAAUGAAUGGUAUGUUGUGCCUAUCCAUACUCGUAUCGAGGAUAGAGCUGUAUUGGCAGCUGUUGGUGGUGAUAAUUCAGCGGCUAUGGCAGCUAUCCGUGAAGAGUAUUCGAAUAUGAAAGAAAUCAAAAUGAUGGCAUAUACAGGAAAAUAUGUCAGCCGUUACACUUAUUUCCCAGCAAAUAGUAUAAUAUUACAUAUUGUCGGCUUCUUAGUGUCCUUUGUAUUUGGAAUUGCUCUCGCAGCCGCAGUAAAGUAG